CUCUUUGCGAUCUUCUAUUCCCCAGGCGAAGGUCCAGUGCUGUUGACGUACUCCACAGAGGCAUUCCCUCUCUGUAUCCGUGAUAUCAGCAUGUCCUUUGCUACUGCGACCACUUGGUUCUGGAAAUUCAUUCUGUCAAUCACUUGGCCUUAG